UCCUGCUUCGACGUGUUCUUGUAGUUGUAUAGUAACAAAGGAGUUUUAAAUCAAACGGCAAAUUUUAAUGCCCGUUGUUAACAGAAAAAUCCUACCGCACGUAUCUUGGUAUUGGUUGUAAGUCAAAAUCUUGGAAAAUAGAUAGAUUUUGGACAGCACGAGAUCCAAAAGGACUUUGUUUUUUAGGAACGAUGAAAUUGCACAAAUCCGUGUUCUUCCUGAGUGCUGUAAUAUCCUGCCUGCAACUAACUGAUGGAUUCUGGUUAUGGGGAAACGACAAUAAGAAUAGAGUCGAUGGAAAUUGGAGUGAAUGGUCGAACUAUAGCUCUUGUCAGAUUCAGAAUGAUGGACGGACUUUGCCUUAUCGUUUUAGAACUAGAAGCUGUAAYAAUCCUGCGCCUAAAGCUGGUGGGAAGCCAUGUAAAGGCCGACCAUUGCGCAAAGCCCCUUGUUCUGAUUGUGAUUGGCCACUKGGCAUCGAAAGUAAAGUUAUCAAGGACUCAGAGAUGACAGCGUCAACAUAUCACGAGGAGUUUCCUGCAAAAAAUGGCCGUUUGAAUGGACCUUCUGCAUGGUGUGCKAAAGAAUUGUCUGGUGAAGUUUUCCUCCAAGUAGACUUCGAUGAUUUGACAUUGGUUACAGCGAUUGCAACACAGGGUUAUUAUCCUAAUCCAAAAGAGCUCAGUUUACGUCUCGGCAGCGUUAGCAAAUAUCAAAUAACUUUUAGUGACGAYGGUAUUGAGUUCGAGGUGUAUGAAAACUAUCAAAAAAACAAGAUAUUUAUUGGAAAUGGCAAUAAUUURAAAACUGUCUUGAAUACUUUUGACCCUCAAAUUGCAGCCAAACACAUACGAAUCCAUCCCACUGCUUACAUUAAGUUUGUAUGCAUGAAAAUAGAGUUAUAUGGUUGUAGGUUUAAGUGUGGAGGUUAUCUACCAACCAAUCCAGGAGACCUGCUGGCUGUCAGCUCCAAGUCCGAAGAUGUUGAUUGUUUUUGGCAGGCCCAUUUGCCUAACUCGUCGAAAAUUAACUUUGAUUUCAUCAACUUUGAUCUACCUUGCCGGUAUGGCCAAGUAGAAAUCAGAGGAAGUUACCCGUUUUAUGGAGGGUCUAAAUUGUURGGGAAUGUUUGCAGUGAAUUCGCUUCAGGGCCACCAACAAUAGAGUCCAAUGGAAGCAAAUUAUGGAUACGAUUCCAGUCAAAAUCUUCUGAUCCUCUUGUUGGCUUCUAUGGUAUCUACUUCCCUAGUUGUGAUACUGUAUUAAAUAAAACGUCAAGUGGCACAUUUAGCUCUCCUGGAUACCCUAAAGAGUACAAUCAUAAUUCUAAAUGUACCUGGUCAAUAAUUGUUCCUAUGGGUCAUUUUGUCAAGCUUGAAGUUUUGGACUUUGAUAUUGAAGAGGACCCAGACUGCAAAAAUGACUAUCUUUCAGCUUUUGAUAACAAUUCAUCAUUAAUAGGACAAUACUGCAAUUCUCRCAAGCCGCCAAGAUUUAUAUGUAGCAASUCAAAUGUUUUGAUACUUAAUUUUAAGACAGAUGAUGCAAUUGCACUAAAAGGAUUUCAAGCAACAUACAGAGCUAUAACUAUUGCAGAACAUUGCACCUCUCCUUUGUCAUCCAUAAUYACUCCAUCACCAAGUGUUUCAUUUCCUACAAUACCUGCAACAGUUAAUUCUUCUGUAUCAAGUGUAUCUAUGUYUACAAUAUCUGUAUUGUCAAGUGUACUAAAAAUUGCACCAACGAUAGCUGUAGUUUCUCCCUCAGUCAUAACAAACAAAUCUCUUGGUGGUUUAUUGACAGGAAGUGGAGUUUCAAGUUCAGGAUCUAAUCAUGGCCAACAAAGUAUCAAGAAAGAUGAAAAUGAGGAUACUGGUUUGACAACAAUAAUUAUUAUAUCUGUCUUUAGCUUUAUCGUCUUAUGUAUGAUCAUUGCAAGUGUUAUUCCAAGUAUGAUCCAUGGAUACGAAAAGAGGAAAAGAGAGCGUGAAUGGAUGGCAGCAGCAGAUUUACCCAUGAAAAAAAACUGUGUUGAAAAUGAAUAUGAAAUGCAACCCAYAAAACCUCAUGAUAGUUACAAAAGUGAAGGAAUUGAUCCAUAUGAAGAAACAGCUUUUCUUGAUCCAGACAAUCCAUCAUAUGAUAAUUUAAAAGACUCUCCGUGCUUUGAUCCCAUUCAUAAAGAAGACUAUAGAGCAAGCAAUGAUGGCAGUGAAUACUCCAACAAAGGAGAAAAUUGCUCUGAUGAGUCAGUUGAUGAAGAUCUUGUAUGUGAACUUGAAUAUGACACAACAGAUUUGAAUUUAAGCAUUUCAUAUGAAGACAUUGGAUCAAGUUUUGCUACAGAGAUGRCUGCCUUAAUGCACAACUACAAAUCUAUGAGUCCUCACAACUAUCCCCAAAAUCAACCAGCUCAGUGUGAGACAUCACAAGCAUUACCACAAUUAGGUGCCAGUGCARGCAACAUAAAUUGUGUGCCAGGUGAAGACAAAGUAAACAAUACUCARUUCAUGGAAACAGGAAAAGAAUCAAAAGAAAAAAGAAAGAAAUUAACUGAACGUGGUCAAGAAAAUGAUUGUAAUAAAAGUAAUAUUAAAGAUCUUUCAAAUGCAUUUAAUUCAAAUGAUAAAGAACAAGAUGCAUYGKCAGGCUUUAAGGGAACAUUGUCAGAUCUAAAUUCUGACAGUUGUAGCAUGUACGAGGCAAAAAACCCAACAACAUGUACCAAUAGCACUGUGUCAGUAUCAGAUUCUCGGGAUAUACCAAUUGUUCYGUCUGUUGAAGUAUGGCAAGCUGCAUGUGAGAAAAACACAAUGGUUUAAAAAGACAAUCCAGGAAAUGCAAGAACAAAUACAGUCAUCCCAAAUGAAACUUUUUAAAAUCAAGAUGAUCAGUAAAAUAAUAAUAGAAAGCACAGUAAAUUGCUCUUGGAAUGCAACUCUUCAUAUAGAGCAGAACCCAUGGUCAGAUAAUAUUUUUUGAUUUUGAGUAAUCAAAUAGUAAUAUAUUGAAAAACAUAUUUUUGUYUUGAGCAAUAAAACAAAAUCUAAGUAAAAUAUUUUCAUAUUUCAAAUCAAAGACCAAAUAAAUGAAGCAUAAGGAAGAUCAGGAUUAUUUACAAAAUAUAGGGGUUUGAAAUUGGCACCUUUGUAUUACUGAGUGCCAGUAAAGUCAAGUUUCAUU